AUGGAAACAAUUUCUUACACUUCGAUUGUUGGAAGUCUGAUGUGUGUUCAAACUUGCAGAAGAUCGAAUAUUAGUUUUGUGGUCGGAAUGCUAGGAAGAUAUCAAAAUAACCGUGGAAUUGAUCAGUGGAAAGUUGCAAAGAAAGUCUUAAGGUACCUGAAAGAAGGGAAGGAUUACGUGCUCAUGUAUAGGAGAUCCAAUCACUUAGAAGUUACUGGAUACUCAGAUUUAGAUUUAGCUGGAUGUGUUGACAUUAGAAAGUCCACCUUUGGUUACUUAUUCCUAUUAGCUGAAGGAGUGAUAUCGUGGAAUAGUGCUAAGCAAUUUUUCAUAGCUCUAUCCACAAUGGAAGUAGAAUUUGUGGCAUGUUAUGAAGCCACAAUUCAUGCAUUAUGGCUGGGAAACUUCAUUUCAGGACAUAGGGUUGUCGACACCAUUACCAAGCCACUGAAAAUUUAUUGUGAUAAUACUACAUCAGUAUUCUUCUCCAAGAACUAUAAGUACUCCAAAGGUGCCAAACAUAUGGAAUUGAUGUACUAUAGUGUCAAGGAAGAAGCUCAGAAAUAA